AUGCCAAGUGCUGAGCUCCUUGCCACACUGGCCGACAUGCCGGCCAAGGAGUAUUUGAAGCAUUUCUGCUUGGACUACUACUUGUCCGAAGCACUUCAAUGUGAUUCCACAGACAAGCUCCAAGACUUUUGGCAGGAUGUCCUGGAUGGCAGCCACUUGAAGUCCAAAGCCUAUGACUUCAAGAGGGUCAUGGCGACCGCAGAGAAUCGCCGGAGCUUUGUGGAGCUGUUAAGGACACGUUUGAAGCUGGUCACAUCCAAGCCAGAAGUGCUAGCGGUGACCGUGCUGGAUUUCUACGAUAUGCUUGUCUUGCUGCUCCCGGACUUCCCUUUGGACCUACUGGUGGAUGCAGCCGACCUGGCCAUGCCCGUGGUGGACGCUGCCAAGUUUCGCGUCCUAGGGCAGCAGAUGCCAUCAGCUGAGCCAACAGGCCCACCAGAUUAG